CAAAACCUCUCUUCCACAAUAACAAAAGAGAAACAAGAAACCACAUUGUCUCUAUCGGAAACCCUUGAAGAGAUGAUCAUCGAACGCAUUGUGACUGUUGAGUAUCUCGGGCCAACAAUGACAGAGGCGUUACUCCGCAAAUUCCCAGACAACUCUGCUUUCGAUUUUGACUAUACACAGAGCGGGAUCUGGUCUCCGUUGGUUCCUCGGGGUCAAUGUCUGGUUUCUGGUUCUUCUGUGGAAAUUCGAAGGAAACUCUCAGAUGGGUUUGAGAAAAUAGCUCACGAAAAGAUCAAGAAAGUGAGUUCUAAGAUUAAGAAAAAGGUCACAACUGCGAUGAAGAAGGGCUGCUCUGAUUUUUCUGCUACUCCCUUCAAGGGUUCUACACCAAGAAAGGGAUGGGCUAAGGUGCUGAGAGCUGCCUCCAAACGUUUCAAGAAGCAGAAGGACUCUUCUACAGAGAUAAAGCUGUCAAAUUACUUAAGAAAUGGAAAUCUGUAGUAUUCACCAUUCUGUACUGUGAUCUGUUUAUAGUUCAAAAUUUGAGCUGAACUCUCAAUAGAAUGAUGUUGUAC